AUGGCGUCUGGAUAUGACAGAGCUCUUUCCGUCUUCAGCCCCGAUGGACACGUUUUCCAAGUCGAAUAUGCGCUGGAGGCUGUGAAACGAGGGACUUGUGCUGUAGGAGUAAAGGGAGCAGAUAUUGUUGUGCUAGGAUGUGAGAAGCGUUCGGCAAUGAAGCUGCAAGAUACCCGUAUUACACCCUCGAAGAUCGGUCUCGUCGAUACCCACGUCUGUCUCGCCUUCGCCGGUCUCAAUGCCGAUGCCAGAAUCUUAGUCGACAAGGCUAGAUUAGAAGCACAAUCCCACCGUCUGACAGUCGAGGAUCCGGUCUCGAUAGAGUACAUUACGAAAUAUGUGGCUGGUGUGCAGCAGAGAUAUACGCAGAGUGGUGGUGUGAGACCUUUUGGUAUUAGCACGUUGAUUGUUGGCUUUGACCCCAAUGAUAAGACGCCCAGAUUGUACCAGACUGAGCCGUCGGGAAUUUACUCUGCAUGGAAAGCAAACGCCAUCGGCCGUUCCAGCAAGACCGUCCGCGAAUUCCUCGAACGAAACCACAAGGAUGACAUGGACAGAGAAGCUACACUCAAGUUGACCAUCAAGUCAUUACUGGAAGUUGUGCAGACUGGAGCAAAGAACAUUGAGAUCGCGAUCAUGGCCCCAGGGAAGAGCGUCGAGAUGUUACCCGUGGAGGAUAUUGAGGCAUAUGUGAAGGCCAUUGAGCAGGAGAAGGUCGAGGAGGCUGCCAAGAAGAAGAGUGGUCGGACACCAGGUACUGGAAAUGCUGCUAUUUUGACGAGAGGACCGGAUGAUGCUUCAGGUGCUUAG